GCUUGACAGUCUGUGAGCGCUAGCAGGAGCUGAGCUGCUGAACUGUCGCGUGUAGCUGCUGUUUACUUCAGUUUCUCGUUGUUUUCGCGCAAAUAUCUGUAUGUGUCCCUCCACACUAUUGUCAUAUUGAGUUGUGUUUGCUCUUUCUGCUUCAAUCCUCUGAUUUCUGUCAGACUUCAGGCCUGUCUGAGCACAAACACACCUUACAGGACUGAACUGACUUCACCAUGGACAAAGCAGAUUUCUUGAAAGGACUACCAGUGUAUAACAAGACAAACUUCAGCAGAUUUCAUGCGGACUCCGUAUGCAAAGCAUCGAACAGAAGACCGUCAGUGUAUCUGCCUACACGAGAGUAUCCCUCUGAACAGAUCAUCGUCACUGAGAAGACAAACAUUCUUUUGCGUUAUCUUCAUCAACAGUGGGACAAAAAGAAUGCAGCUAAAAAGCGAGAGCAGGAGCAAGCAGAAGGGGAAGGUGGCAGUCCAGCACCUCCACGCAAAAUAGCCCGGACAGACAGCCAGGAGAUGAACGAGGACUCGUAGAGCAGCCCACAAUCCAGCAGCACAAGAACGGACACAAUAAGCCCAAACACCCGCACACACCACACAGGAAUUUCAUCUCGGAAAGAAAGAAAUGGAAGAACACUUGUCUUACAGUGUGCUUUUUUUAUUUUACUGAGUGCUUCCUGAUGCAGUCAGUGUCCCUCACCCAGCACGUCUGCCCAGUGCUGAGUGUGUGUGUGGGAUUGGGGGGGGGGCAUGAUGGGUUUCCACUGCCAGCUUAAAGAUUCUACUGAACUCCGAACUGCUGGGCGAGGGGGGCGGGUACAGCGAUAUUCAACAAGCACAUAAUGAGGAGUGUCUGUUAUGAAGAGGCGUGUGAGAAUUAUCAUUUGUUUAGAAUCUAUUGCAGCUUAAACGUUUAAAAACAUCCUAGUUAUCUCCGCUAUUGCUUUCAUGAUAUGCUCCGCCACAAGCGCUCAACGCACAGGGUCUCUCUUUAAGGGAAAUUACGGAAAUGUACAGCCACGUUCGGCAGGAUUAGAUGUAGUGUUUUUGUGUUGGUAAUGUGACGAUCUUCCUAGCAGGUGCAUACUUGUGCAUGAAUGCACUGCUGGGACUGUUUAUCUGUUGUCACUGGUUGAGGAUGACAUUUUUGAUGAUAAGAUGAAAUGCAGAUAGUGACCUACAAACGUCUAUCCCGCUUACCCCUGUUGUCAUUUAAGCUUGUGUUAGUUUCAGCAGUUCUGGAGUCAGACCUUGAGACGCAGAUCAUCGACUUAAUCCGUGUGCGCUGAUUCAUUUGCGGAUCUGUUUGGCUUCUGCGUAUGAUGGAUAUUUCAUAGGUUUGAGAUUAAAAACUACUACUUUUUUUAUAUAUAUAUUUGUUUCCUGAGAUUUAAGGUGCAACUAUGCAGUUCCUCUCUUAACCUGCAGAGGGAGUCGGUGAGCUGUGGUUGUGGACGAUCGGCCUUUACACGUGGGGCUUAAUACUUUCAGCGUGCUUUGAGUCCACAACAUACCCGUAAAUACUGUUUUCACUGUGGCUGGAGACUCAUUUAGUAACUCACAGUUAAAGCAGCUGUUUCCUGGCUAAAUGUGUUGGUUUGUUCUUGUUGAAAAGAUUGACAUGUAUUGAAGCCGUCGACAUUGACAAAAAAAAAAAAAAAAGCUUGCAUGUAUUGAGGAUUUUUGGAGAUGAGGAAGCUUUGGGAAGCUGUAGUAGAGGAGCGUGCAGAGAGCAGCCCGUCUAAAUCUACCUGAAAGAGGCAAUUGCAAUUACAUCUGUGUUUGUGUGUUGUUCUUACGAAGCCUUCCCAACUUCAAUGUUCAAGGUCAACAUUUUUUUCAGAAUCAAAAUAAAAGGAGAUAAACA